AAUUAAACAUUUGACAAAGUAUCCGCAAGAUGAUAUCCGCUACUUGAAACUCCUACAAAAACUACAAAAAUAUCGGUUAAGCGAUAGGUAAUACGUCGCGAUGCUCGGCAACCCGCUAUCUCGUAAGCGCACACUGUAGCAUAUAGAAGCAGGAGCCAGGCGAAGAAAAAUCUACCACCACCGUCAGCGGAUUAAUGGAAGGAAGCUUCCAAGCGGCAGCAGCCAAUGCGAGGAGCAUGGAACCCAUAGACAUAGCCCGUCUCGAGGAGGCUGUCAUCGCUUUCUAUCGGAUCAAUGCCCAAGACCAGGCGGUCACCCACGGAUGGCUUACGGAGGCGGAGGCCAGUCCCCAGGCCUGGCAAUUUUCCUGGCAGUUUAUGCAGCUGGGCAAGAGUCAGGAAGUGCAAUUCUUCGGCGCAAUUACGCUGCACUCCAAGCUGAUGAAGCACUGGCAUGAAGUGCCUCCAGAGAACCGCGAGGAGCUGAAGCAGAAGAUCCUUGAGACGAUCGUCCAGUUUGCAGGAGGUCCCAAGAUCGUACUCAACAGGUUGUGCAUCGCUUUGGGCGCCUACAUUGUCCACAUGCUAGACGAGUGGCCCAGGGCCAUUGAGGAGGUGAUCGAGACUUUCCAGAAUCAGCGAAUGCCCAACGUCACGCCGGACAUUCAGCUAUGGAUCAUGCUCGAGGUGCUGCAGGCCAUUCCAGAGGAGGCCCAGGUCAUCCAUACCUCCGUCAAGCGCGUCACUUUGCGCGCCGAGCUAGGCAAGCGAGUUCCAUUGAUACUUCAGACGAACGAGUCGUAUCUUAAGCAGCAAAUGAACCGGGUUUGGGAUGCAGAAACCUAUAGCAACAUGAUCAGAGCCGUCAAGUGCGUAGGCACUUGGAUUAAAAACAUUGGCUACUCGAUUGAGGGCUGUGUGACCAUCACAGCGGUGCUCCUGGAGGUUGUAAACAAAUGCUAUUGGCCCUGCAUCCGAGCCGGUGACGGUUGCAUGUCUGCUGAUGAGAACGAACUCGCUGAGGCUUGCCUGAAGACGAUGGUGACCAUCAUUAUCCAACCGGAUUGUCACAAUUUCCCAAAGACGUCGUUCAUACUAAUCAAGAUGUUCCUCGAUUCCCUGAGCGAAAUCACCAAGAUGGAAUGGAAGAGGGAUAACGACAACGAGGACAUUAUUGUGCACAUUUACAUGCUCUUCGUCUCGGCCGUAGAACGUCACUCCAGCCUGCUUCUUAGUGGAAUCACAUCGUCAGAUCCGGAGCUCACAGUGCUAGUCAACCGCGUCGUCCAGGAGAUCCUCCACUGCACCGACAAGCCCGGCAUUUACCCGGUCGAAGAGUCCUGCAGCACAAUGGCCCUGGCCUUUUGGUAUAUGCUUCAGGACGAGGUCUUCGCCAUACAGAACGAGGAGCAGAAGAUCAAGUGCUGGGAGUAUAUCAAGCCUCUGUACGCUCAUCUCACAAGUAUUUUGGUGCGCAAAUCGGAGCAGCCAGAUGAAAGGUCGUUGGACAAGUGGAACUCCGACGACUUGGAGUGUUUUAGGUGCUACAGGCAGGAUAUAUCCGAUACCUUUAUGUAUUGCUAUGAUGUGCUGCACGAUUACAUUCUGGAAAUCCUGGCAGCCAUGCUGGACGAGGCUUUGGCUGAAUUGCAACGGCACCCGAGUCACUGGACAAAGCUGGAGGCCUGCAUCUAUUCGUUCCAAUCCGUGGCCGAGCACUUUGGUGGCGAGGAAUCGCGACAAAUACCCAGGCUAAUGCGCGUUCUGGCCGAGAUCCCAUACGAAAAGAUGAAUGUCAAGCUGUUGGGAACCGCUCUCGAAACGGUCGGAUCGUACUGCAACUGGUUAAUGGAGAACCCGUCCUUUAUUCCGCCAGCUAUUAACCUACUGGUGCGCGGCUUAAACUCCUCAAUGUCCGCCCAGGCCACGCUGGGCCUCAAGGAACUGUGCCGGGAUUGCCAGCUGCAGUUGAAACCAUAUGCUGAGCCGCUCCUCAAUGCUUGCCAUGCUUCGCUCAUUACAGGACGCAUGAAGAACUCGGACUCGGUCAGAUUAAUGUUCAGCAUUGGGAAGCUGAUGAGCCUGCUACCACCGGAUCAAAUACCCAAGUAUUUGGACAUCAUCGUUAGUCCGUGCUUUGAGGAACUUCAGGUCAUCUGUGAAGCAAAUACAAAAACUCCCGCGGCCAGGAUUCGCACUAUCUUUCGGCUCAAUAUGAUCUCCACGUUGUUCUCGUCGUUAAACACGGAUUUGGAUGAGGAGUCUAAGGAGCAUGCAACUGUGCAGCCAGUUCUUCUUGUGAUGCAGCGAACCAUGCCCAUUUUUAGGCGAAUAGCCGAGAUUUGGGUAGAGGAGAUAGAUGUUCUUGAGGCCGCUUGUAGUGCCAUGAAGCACGCAAUAAUGAAUCUAAGAGGCAGCUUUCAACCUAUGCUGGAAGAUCUAUGCCUCUUUAUUGUGGCAAGCUUCCAGACACGAUGCUGUGCUCCAACGAUGGAGAUAUCCAAAACGGCCAUCGUUAUGUUUUACAAGGACGAGAGCUGCAAGCCGCUAAUGCAACAACUCCUUAGGGAGUUCAUCCAGCACAGCUUCAAGGUUUUUGAGAACGUUCCACAGCAGAAUUUCUCCAACAUUUCGGACACCAUGGAGACCUUCUAUGGGUGUGCGUCGCAAAUUGUAAAGAAGAUACCGCAAACUUUGGAAGACAAAACUAUCGCCUAUGAUCGUCUGGUCUACUACGCUCAACGGUGCAUGACUUUGCCGGAGAGUGGAGCCAUUCGCACCAGCAUCCAAUUUAUGACCCACUUUAUAAUGCAUUCGCGCAACCAUCCGCACGUCACCGAGGUCAUCCUGGCCACCGGUGAACAGACCCUCUACACGGUGAUGACCUGCGUGGGAUACUUGACGCCGCGGUCUCAAGUGGACAAGUUUGCAGAUGUCUUCUUGGCCAUGAACAAGAAAUACCCGGCUGAAAUGGCAGUCUGGCUAAAGACAGUGAUGGCAACUCCUAAUUUCCCCACAGAACUUAUCAGCGAUGCGGAAAAGACACGCUACACAUCAUUAAUAAUCAAGGAAAAAGUAAACAAACGGUUGCUGCAACAACACCUUUCGGAGAUGGCCAUCAAGACGCGAGGACUCACCGAGAAGUUCCAGUAAAUUAUUCAAACAAAAAGAUAAGCGGCCAAAUCCAGUCUCUAUCCACCAGGAUCCUGAUAUAGUUUCUGUCCCUGUAAUUAAUUUGUAUUUAGGCUCUGUAAAUGUUCAUCGAUUCUAGGUUCUCUGCCAGCAGGCAUAAGUUUAAAGUUUCCUUUAUGUGCAUUUGGCAAAAGUCCGGCUAUUCUCGACAUGAUAAACUUUUAUUUAUAAUUUUACAAAAUUACAUGCUCCAUUUACAAUUUGCACAUAUAUUUCUUUAAGGGUGUAUAACUCAUUUAUUUAUUGUAUUCACGUUUAUUAAUACAUAUAUAUAUAUA